AUGGCCCGGUACGCUGAUAUCGCCGUCAACUUGACCGAUCCCAUGUUCCAGGGCAUAUACCACGGCAAGAAGAAGCACGCGCCCGACCUGGACGCGGUGAUCUCCCGGGCGAAAUCUCAAGGUGUGCAGAGGAUGCUCAUCACCGGUACGAGUCUCAGCGAGAGCAGGGAGGCACUGGAAAUGGCGAAGAGGUAUGACCUGCACUGUACUGCCGGAGUUCACCCAACGUCCACCUCCGAGAUCGAUAAGCACCCUCAAGGGGCUGACGCGUGCUUUCAGGAGCUGGAGCAACUUAUCGAGGCGGAUCGAGGGGAAGGCGGGUCUAAGCGGAUCAUCAGUCUCGGGGAGAUCGGUCUAGACUAUGACAGGCUCAACUGGUCACCCAAAGAAACGCAGCUUCGUCACCUGCCCCGACUACUCCUUCUUUCAAAGCGCUUUCGUCUGCCGAUGUUCCUCCACUCCCGCACGCCAGAGUCACAUGUGGACUUAAUCAAGGCUAUGAGGGAUGCAGGAUGGGUCAGCCCUUUCACAGAGGGAACGGGAGCAGGGGAGAAGGAAUGGGUCGGCGGCGUGGUGCAUAGUUUCACUGGGACAACUGAGGAGGUCAAGGAGCUGGUUGAUAUGGGGUUGUAUAUCGGUCUCAACGGAUGUUCGUUGAAGACAGCGGAGAAUCUCGAGACUGUCAAGACUAUACCGCUGGACCGAAUCAUGCUAGAGACGGACGCACCUUGGUGCAGCAUCACCACCUCACACGCUUCCCAUCCCUUCCUCCCACCUACAUCCUCUUCAGUCUACAUUCAACGCGUCAACAAGGCGGAGAAGUGGCAAGAGGGUCAGGGCGUCAAGGGGAGGAUGGAGCCGGCGGAUGUGGCGGUGAUAGCGGAGGUCGUGGCGAGGGUCAAUGGGGUGAAAGUAGAGGAGGUCAUACAGGCGGCGUGGGGUAACACGGAAAGACUGUUCUGGUGA